AGCUUACAGACCAGCCAGACGUUGAAAUCUGAACAGUUGAGUUAAAGUUAAAAAAAAAUAUGUCUUCGCCAAUGGAUGCUGAAAAAAUUGAGGAGGCAAUGCAAGGAGUAGCUACCCCAAACAGUGGGGGAAGAACCAUAACAUUGGACGAAGAAAUGCUCCAAAGAUUUCGCUUGUUUGAAGAAUAUUUGCGGAAAAAUGGUGAGGUUCCGCCCAGCGAACAACAAGCUCCACAUACCCAAGAUUCUGAGCAUCAGGAGAAAACAGAUCAACCCAUGCACCAGGCGUCGACUCAGCCUCCAUUUUUAAAAGAUGUGAGAUGCUUUAUUUGUGGGCAGCUGGGCCACAAAAAAUGGAGAUGCCCACAAAACAACAGAAGGAAGCAACGGGGAAGAAGAGGGGGGGCAAAAAAAAGUUAUUCAUAUAUAUUAAUGUAUAUGACUUAAAAAUAAAUAAAAA